UUUGUUAUACUUUAAAUGAAUGAAAAUAGCAAAAGUGUUUUCGUAAAUGAAUGAAAAUAGCAAAAGUGAUUUCGUUUUGAAUAGGAUGCCAAUUUGAUAGUUUCGAAAGGCUGGCGUUCGUGACGUCACAGCAGUGCCAUAAACAAAAGGAGAAGAAAGAAACAAAAGUCCCACUGUGGUGUCACUCCAACAGGUGUCUGGCUCUACUUUAACACUGAGUCAAUUGCUGGAUCAGUGUACCCUUGCCUGCUUUCAUCAUUUAACACUGUAUAAGCUUGAACAGACAGGUCGCAUUAGCCUAAUAGGUAUUAGCCUACAGCAUCCGGGAUAGAUUUGAUUCUACCGGCAGCAUGGUGGAAAGGAGUGAAGUGCCCAGUCGUAAUACGUCUGUCAUGAGUCAGCUUGAAGACACUUCCAGAGAGAUUAAAGAAUGCUAUGAAAGAUUAGACUUCAUUGAAUCACGGAUAAGGAGACGUUAUUACCCUAAUGAUGAAAAAAAGGUGUUAGAAAAAGAAGUUAAGGAUAUUAAGACACAUCUUUCACAACAUGAGAGGGAUCUGAGAGUACUGCGAGGAGAAAAUCGUGUAGCCAUGAUUCUGUCAGUGUUGUUAUUAGCUCUAGGAAUUAUGAUUUAUUUUCUAUAUGGCUUGUUGUUUUCAAGUUGAGAAUAUAUCUACUGUGCUCAUUACGUUUUUAAUAGCAGUAUUAUAGGGUUAGAGUGAAUCAAGAGGUUAAACAACUAAAACAAGAGAGGAGCAACUAUGUAAUCUUAAUUUACAGGGGUAUUUUUAUAUGAUUGUGUUACUAAUAAUUUCAUGUGUUAAUUUCAGUCCCAAAAAAUCUUGUAAUCUUAAUUUACAGGGGUAUUUUUAUAUGAUUGUGCUAUUAAUAAUUCCAUUUGUUAAUUUAAGUCCUGGAAAAUGUAUACUCCCUUUUUUUUUAUACUUGGGGUGCUUAUUGUUACGUAUUGCAGAUUCUAAAAUAAAAUUUAUAUUGUAGUGAAAAUGAAACUUUAAUUAAU